CUCAAUCCCGUCGUGGAAUUUUCCUUAAAAAUUUCCUGAAUUUUCAUUAACUUUUUGUAUAGUCAGGUACAGUGUAUGUUGCUGCACAGUUAUGGCAGAAGAAAAGAAAUAUGGAUGUGAACACUACAAAAGAAAGUGUGCACUGAUCGCUCCUUGCUGCAAGAAAACAUAUAUCUGUCGUGUCUGUCAUGACGAGAAAGAGAACCAUGAACUUAUUAGAAAGAAUGUUGUGCAGGUGCACUGCCUCGCUUGUAACAAUGUCCAACAGGUCCAGAGUUUAUGUGAGGAGUGUGGUAUAAAAUUUGGUAAUUAUUUUUGUGGAAUCUGUAGACUUUUUGAUGACGAAGACAAACAGCAGUUUCAUUGUGAUGGAUGUGGCCUUUGCAGGAUUGGGGGUCGGGAGAACUUUUACCACUGUGAUGUUUGUGAUGUCUGUCUGGCAGUCUCCAUGAAAGAUAACCACAAGUGUAUAGAGAAGUCUUCCCAUUCAAACUGUCCCGUGUGUUUAGAAGACCUGCAUACAUCUAGAAUAGCAGCUCACAUCCCACCCUGUGGUCACCUUAUUCAUUACAAAUGUUUUAAAGACAUGCUGAAAACUGGUAACUACGCGUGUCCUAUAUGUGGCCAGUCUAUGCUAGAUAUGAGCGACGUGUGGCAAAAUGUUGACGAAGAGGUUUCCCAGUGUCCAAUGCCAGAGGAAUACCAAAAUUAUUACGUACAGAUCCUGUGUAAAGAUUGUCAUGAGGAGAGUCGAGUCUUAUUUCAUGUAUUGGGACUAAAGUGCCAACAUUGUGGUUCCUACAACACUUGUCGUACCCAAGAACCUGAGGGUGCAGAAGAGAUGGCGUGUCCCUCCCAGUCCUCGGGGUCUGGUACUUCACAAGAAACCGAAACUACAGCGGAGGCUUCUUCUAAUGAAACGACUGAGAGUGACCCUACAAACUCAAAUAGCACUACAGAUGUCUCAAACUUAACAGCACAGGUUAACAAUUUAGAUACCUCUGGGGGCACCUGAAGGGGAGAUUUCUAGUAACUCUGCCAGCAGUGCAACAAUUUAAGGUGACAUUUUAUGUAGCAGAAUGAGAUAUGCAAUGUGAACAUAUUCAUAUUGGCUACUCAAAAGAAGUUGUAUAUUGUUAGUUAGAUAAAUUAUGCAACAUUUUUAUGCCCCGCCAUGAAUAUGGCCGGGGCAUAUAGUGUUUGUCAUGUUCGUCUUCGGUCCAUCCGUCUUUCCGUUUGUCCUUCCAUCACACUUUGCAUUUAGCUCUGUUCAAAGCUCAGUUUCUCAGAAAUUAUACAAGAUAUUUUUUAUCAAAUUUCAUAUGCUGAUAGAUAUUAAAGAGAGCUAUGCAACUGCAUCAAUAUUUUUUGACCUUGACCUUUCCUUUGACCUUGACCUCACUUUUCUUAAAUUAGUGUUUAGCUCAGUUUUAAAGAAACCAUUCAAUAUAGUGUUAUCAAACUUCAUAUGCUGAUACAUACUGAUGAGAGCUCUUCAACAGCAUCAACAUUUUUUGACCUUGACCUUUCCUUUGACCUUGACCUCACUUUUCUUUAAUUAGUGUCAAACGUCAUAUGCUGAUACAUACUGAUAUAAGCUAUUCAACUGCAUCAAUAUUUUGACCAUGACCUUUCCUUUGACCUUGACCUCACUUUUCUCAAUUUGUGUUUAAUUCAGUUUUAAAGAAACCAUUCAUAAUAUUUUUAUCAAACUUCACAUGAUAAUACAUUCUGAUGUAACCUUUUCAACUGCAUCUACAUUUUUUGACCUUGACCUUUCCUUUUACCUUAACUUCAUUUAUUUUAAAUUAAUGUUUAGCUCAGUUUUAAAUAAACCAUUCAAAAUAUUUUUAUCAAACUUAAUAUGCUGAUAUGCAUUUGUGAGAACUAUUCAACUGCAUCAAAAACAUUUGACCUUGAAGUUUUAUGUGACCUUGACCUCACUUUUCUUAAAUUUGCAUUUGCUUAAUUUUAAAGAAACCAUUUAAGAUAUAUUUAUGUAAGCUUAUGCACUUAUACAUAAUUUGGUGAGAAUUUAUCAUCUGUAUCCAACUUUUUUGAUUUCAAUGUUAAAGAAACUAUUCAAGAUAUUCUCAUCAAAUUUCAUACACUAAUACAAAUUUUCAUGUUGCAUUACUAAUAUACCCUUGGUGGGGCAUUCAUGUCCUAUGGACAUAUUUCUAGUUAUAUAUAAAAGAAAUAAAAUUAAAAUUUCUUCAGAACAUUUUACUCUACUGGUAACAAAAAAACUUGAUUGUACGUACUCCGACACACAGCACACACAUGCACAAUGUACCAGUAUGUCCAUUGUAUAUUUCUUUAACAGGAUUCAGUGCAAGUUUUAUCUACCAUUAGAACAUUUUACAUGUAUGUUGUCCAGAAUGUUUUAGAUGAGAAUUUUUUUUUUAUACAUACGGACAUUUUCUGGAUAUUUAAUGCAUAGAUAUCAGAUAAUGUUACAUAUACAUGUACACUAUACGGUAGCAUACAUAAACUUCUCAGUAUUAAUGAACAUUAAGGAAUUCACUUCAAUCAUGUAAUUAAUUAUCCAUUUUUAAAAUGUAAACUUUGAGUUUGUUAUGUGAUGCCAUAUACUCUCUAUGUGAAUCUCGGAGAAGACAGAUGAUUGGCAUUAUAUUACGAUAUUUGUAUUCUUUAUUAAUUUGUAUGUGAAUACUUAUCAUUGUAAAACAAGUGUGUUCUGUUUGAAACCAGAUUUUUUUUUUUCUCUGUUAGUGUGGUAUAUAUAAUGUGGUCACUUCUACCUCUUGUUACUGGAGUUAGACACGAGUUAAUCAGACUGGACUGAAUUAAUAAAAAAAACUUUUGAAUGUAUGUAGAAUAUAAUUAAAAAUAUUAUGGAAACAAUAA